CCCCCGGCACCGACACCCGACAGAUAAGGAGCUCAGAGUCAGGCAAGGGCGGAAUGAUGCUCACUGAUUCCAAAGCAUCUUUAAUCUGCCAGGCAGAGGGGCCUUUGCUGCUGGUCUCUCUUGGACCAUUCCAGAGAGGACGACUGGUAUCUGAGAAGUAAGAGCAGGAUGCCCCCUGGGGUUGACUGCCCCAUGGAAUUCUGGACCAAGGAGGAGAAUCAGGACGUGGCAGUUGACUUCUUGCUGCCCACGGGGGUCUAUCUGAACUUCCCUGUGUCCCGAAAUGCCAACCUCAGCACCAUCAAGAAGGUGUUGUGGCACCGAGCCCAGUAUGAGCCGCUCUUCCACAUGCUCAGUGACCCCGAGGCCUAUGUGUUCACCUGCGUCAACCAGACUGCGGAGCAGCAGGAGCUGGAGGACGAGCAGCGGCGGCUGUGCGACAUCCAGCCCUUUCUGCCCGUUCUGCGCCUGGUGGCCCGCGAGGGGGACAGAGUGAAGAAGCUCAUCAACUCCCAGAUCAGCCUGCUCAUUGGCAAAGGCCUCCACGAAUUUGACUCCUUGCAAGACCCGGAGGUGAAUGACUUUCGAGCCAAGAUGCGCCAGUUCUGCGAGGAGGCGGCUGCGCGGAGACAGCAGCUGAGCUGGGAGGCCUGGCUGCAGUACAGCUUCCCGCUGCAGCUGGAGCCUUCAGCACGGAGCUGGGGACCAGGCACCCUGCGCGUCCCCAACCGGGCCCUCCUGGUCAAUGUCAAGUUCGAGGGUAGUGAGGAGAGCUUCACCUUCCAGGUGUCCACCAAGGAUGUGCCCCUGGCACUGAUGGCCUGCGCCCUCCGGAAGAAGGCCACAGUGUUCCGGCAGCCACUGGUGGAGCAGCCCGAGGACUACACACUGCGAGUGAACGGGAGGCAUGAGUACCUGUACGGCAGCUACCCCCUCUGCCAGUUCCAGUACAUCUGCAGCUGCCUGCACAGCGGGCUGACCCCGCACCUGACCAUGGUGCACUCCUCCUCCAUCCUCGCUAUGCGGGACGAACAGAGCAACCCCGCCUCCCAAGUCCAAAAACCACGCACCAAGCCGCCCCCCAUUCCCAUGAAGAAGCCUUCCUCAGUGUCUCUGUGGUCCCUGGAGCAGCCUUUCUGCAUCGAGCUGAUCCAGGGCAGCAAAGUGAAUGCAGAUGAGCGGAUGAAGCUGGUGGUGCAGGCCGGGCUCUUCCAUGGCAACGAGACACUGUGCAAGACGGUGUCCAGCUCAGAGGUGAGCGUGUGCUCAGAGCCCGUGUGGAAGCAACGGCUGGAGUUUGACAUCAAUGUGUGCGACCUGCCGCGCAUGGCCCGCCUCUGCUUUGCACUUUACGCCGUGAUUGAGAAGGCCAAGAAGGCGCGCUCUACCAAGAAGAAGUCCAAGAAGGCGGACUGCCCUAUCGCGUGGGCCAACCUCAUGUUGUUUGACUACAAGGACCAGCUCAAGACCGGCGAGCGCCGCCUCUACAUGUGGCCCUCCGUCCCAGAUGAGAAAGGGGAGCUGCUGAACCCCUCGGGAACUGUGCGGAGUAAUCCCAACACUGAGAGUGCAGCCGCUCUGGUCAUCUUUCUCCCUGAGGUGGCCCCCCACCCUGUGUACUACCCUGCCCUGGACAAGAUCCUGGAGCUGGGGCGGCACGGGGAGCAUGGGCGCUUCACGGAGGAGGAGCAGCUGCAGCUGCGGGAAAUCCUGGAGCGGCGGGGAUCCGGGGAGCUGUAUGAGCACGAAAAGGACCUGGUGUGGAAGAUGCGGCAUGAGAUCCAGGAGCACUUCCCCGAGGCGCUGGCCCGGCUGCUGCUGGUCACCAAGUGGAACAAACAUGAGGACGUGGCCCAGAUGCUCUACCUGCUGUGCUCCUGGCCUGAGCUGCCUGUCCUGAGUGCCCUGGAGCUGCUGGACUUCAGCUUCCCCGACCGCCACGUGGGCUCCUUCGCCAUCAAGUCCCUGCGGAAACUGACGGACGACGAGCUUUUCCAGUACCUACUGCAGCUGGUGCAGGUGCUCAAGUACGAGUCCUACCUCGACUGCGAACUGACCAAAUUCCUGCUGGACCGGGCCCUGGCCAACCGCAAGAUCGGCCACUUCCUCUUCUGGCACCUCCGCUCCGAGAUGCACGUGCCGUCUGUGGCCCUGCGCUUCGGCCUCAUCAUGGAGGCCUACUGCCGGGGCAGCACCCACCACAUGAAGGUGCUGAUGAAGCAGGGGGAAGCUCUGAGCAAACUGAAGGCCCUGAACGACUUUGUCAAAGUGAGCUCCCAGAAGACCCCCAAGCCGCAGACCAAGGAGCUGAUGCACGUGUGCAUGCGCCAGGAGACCUACCUGGAGGCCCUCUCCCACCUGCAGUCCCCGCUUGACCCCAGCACCCUGCUGGCUGAAGUCUGCGUGGAGCAGUGCACCUUCAUGGACUCCAAGAUGAAGCCCCUGUGGGUCAUGUACAGCAACGAGGAGGCCGGCAGUGACGGCAGCGUGGGCAUCAUUUUCAAGAAUGGGGAUGACCUCCGCCAGGACAUGCUGACCCUGCAGAUGAUCCAGCUCAUGGACAUUCUGUGGAAGCAGGAGGGGUUGGACCUGAGGAUGACCCCCUAUGGCUGCCUCUCCACCGGGGACCGCACAGGCCUCAUCGAGGUCGUUCUUCACUCGGACACCAUCGCCAACAUCCAGCUGAACAAGAGCAACAUGGCGGCCACAGCUGCCUUCAACAAAGAUGCUCUACUCAACUGGCUCAAGUCCAAGAACCCUGGGGAGGCCCUGGAUCGAGCCAUUGAGGAGUUCACCCUCUCCUGUGCUGGCUACUGCGUGGCCACAUAUGUGCUGGGCAUCGGUGAUCGGCACAGCGACAACAUCAUGGUCCGGGAGAACGGGCAGCUUUUCCACAUUGAUUUCGGCCACUUUCUGGGGAAUUUCAAGACCAAGUUUGGAAUCAACCGUGAGCGAGUCCCAUUCAUCCUCACCUAUGACUUUGUCCACGUGAUCCAGCAGGGGAAGACGAAUAAUAGUGAGAAAUUUGAAAGGUUCCGGGGCUACUGUGAGAGGGCCUACUCCAUCCUGCGGCGGCACGGGCUGCUCUUCCUCCACCUCUUCGCCCUCAUGCGGGCGGCAGGCCUGCCUGAGCUCAGCUGCUCCAAAGACAUCCAGUAUCUCAAGGAUUCUCUGGCCUUGGGAAAAACAGAGGAGGAGGCUCUGAAGCACUUCCGAGUGAAGUUUAACGAAGCCCUCCGGGAGAGCUGGAAAACCAAAGUGAACUGGCUGGCCCACAACGUGUCCAAAGAUAACAGGCAAUAGCAGCCCCUCCUGGCCGGACACUGGCCCCUGCAAGCCCUGGGCCUGGACAAACCAACUGUCAGUCCUGGGAACCAGGUGUCCUCAGCCAUCCUCCAGGGCCUAAAGCCUGAACUGCACCGUUUGGUAAAUAACCUACAUGGCUGCCUUUUGUUUACACUGGUUAUUUAUUUAUGACUUGAAACGUUUCAGGAACUGAACAGCCAUAAAUGGAAAUGCAUCCUUCAUGCAGGGGAGGGGUGCUGUCCUCCGGAGGCCCCUGCCAGAGCCCUGGGCUUUGAUGAGAAGACACUGUGAGCUGGGCACCUCGAGGCUGCAUCUUGCCGAGGAUUUGUAACCUCAAGUCUUCCAGCUGGUGGAUCUGGAGCCAGCAAAGACUCUUCUCCCACGGGGAGGCCUUCUCUUUCCAGGCUCCCACUGGACUGCACAGGUCUUGGCACCUAGCAGUUACCUGGUGCCUGCAGUCCAGACAGGGCGCCCAGGCUUGCUCACCCCCUCCGCCUCCGUGCUCUCCGUUGACUGAGUUCUGGGCAGCUCCUGGAGGAAGCCUGGGUCCCCUCCAACUUCAGGGACACUUGCUUUCCACUUUGAAAGUGACUCUCGGGUACGGGAAUUCUCUCAUCUCUGCUGUAAGGCGAUUUUGUUUGCGGGUAAGAAAAAUUAGCCAAACUACUGAACCUCUGUGGCUUGGGAGAACGGCCCUAGCCUCCAGGAAGUAUAGCCUUCGCUGGUCCUUGAGACACAUUAAAAAGACCUGAGCUUGACUGAGCUCUUCCUGGUCGUGGAUCAAGGUGCAAACAGGUGCGAAUACUUUGUGCAAUGACGUGUAACCUCCUCUUAAAGCAGGUUUUAGGUAGCGAAGGACCUGCUCUCCUCUCCCUGGAUGCUCACCUCCGAAAACCUGCUCUCAGUACCCAGGUACCAGCAGCGUGAGAGCUAGGGGUGUGGCGGCAUCUUUUCCUCUGACGGUACUUAGCUUGAAUGAUUUAGACUCAGCCUUAGGUGCAUCUGAGGAACUCAAGAAAUGCAGGUUCUCGGGCCUCUCUCAGCCUUUUGAAGUGAACUCCAGAGAUGAGGCUUAGAAUCUGGGCUUUUAGAAGCCCACGGGCGAGCUUCAUGUAUUAGCAGCUGACUUGGGGCCUGCAGGGCUGCACUGCUUCUGUCUCAAAAGGCCUUGCGAGGUUCAGGAGAGUCCGAGGCAGCCGCCCUCCCAGCAGCCCAGGUGCCAAUGCUCUCUCUCAAUUAGUUACAGGUGGCUGACAGGCGUAGCAACCGUGCCCCACGCACAGCCCCACAGACCACACUCUGGUUCCCCACCAAGUGCUGAAUUCAUCAAACCCACCUCACCUGUCUGGAAAUAGGAAAAGCCGAGUGUAUGUUUAUCUGUUAUUUAUUUAAACUUGUCUGUGCUUUCUGGCGUGGGCAGCACACUGCAUAUUCACAGCAAUUUCUUGUUUGAGUGAAUAUUUUCUACUUUUUUUUUAACUCAUUUGCUGUUUCUGUAUGGAUGGGGAAGGCAAGUUCAAUGUAAUUGCUGCAGGUUGAGACCAGCACUCUGAAACCUUGAAAUGAGAGGUAAAAACAGUGAAAGAAAUAAAAGCCUUUGCGUGUCA